GCGUGCGCCUGCGCACGGGAGGCCGGAGGAGUCUUACCCUAAUGUAAGAUGGUGGCCCGUCUGGCUGUGGAACCCACCGAAAGCUGAGAGUCUCCCUCUCAGCCGUAAAGGUCGGACUCGCUGAGGCAAUCAGGCCCGGUUCUGAAGAGUUUUUUCCCCGACACUCGUUCAGUGGUUUCUUGUGAGGACGCGGCACCGCGUGGAGUCGGCUAAGGGAAAAGCGAGGCAAGGCAGGCGGGUCUUUGAAGUUCUACAUUUUAGUUCUCAGUGCUGAACUUACUUCUCCCUUAAAUUAUUAUAAACUUUUGCUGCUGUUUAAUAAACGUGAAGAUGUCUCGCAGUCCUGAUGCGAAGGAAGACCCUGUGGAAUGUCCUCUUUGCAUGGAGCCCUUGGAGAUAGAUGAUAUCAACUUUUUCCCUUGCACCUGUGGCUACCAGAUUUGCCGAUUUUGUUGGCAUCGAAUUCGCACUGAUGAAAAUGGACUUUGUCCUGCAUGUAGAAAGCCAUAUCCAGAAGACCCAGCAGUUUAUAAACCACUCUCCCAGGAAGAACUGCAAAGGAUAAAGAAUGAGAAAAAACAGAAACAAAAUGAGAGAAAACAGAAAAUAUCAGAAAAUCGCAAACAUUUGGCUAGUGUUCGUGUUGUACAAAAAAACCUCGUCUUUGUUGUAGGUCUGUCUCAGCGCCUAGCAGACCCAGAGGUUUUAAAACGACCAGAAUAUUUUGGGAAGUUUGGUAAAAUACAUAAAGUUGUCAUCAAUAAUAGCACAUCAUAUGCAGGCUCACAGGGUCCAAGUGCCAGUGCUUACGUAACCUAUAUCCGGUCAGAAGAUGCUCUCAGAGCCAUACAGUGUGUCAACAAUGUGGUGGUAGAUGGCAGAACACUUAAGGCAUCACUAGGUACAACAAAAUACUGCAGUUACUUCUUAAAGAAUAUGCAGUGUCCAAAGCCUGACUGCAUGUACCUACAUGAAUUGGGGGACGAGGCGGCCAGCUUCACAAAAGAGGAAAUGCAGGCGGGUAAACACCAAGAAUAUGAACAGAAGCUACUUCAAGAAUUAUAUAAAUUAAACCCCAAUUUUCUUCAGCUGUCUACGGGUUCAGUUGAUAAGAAUAAGAACAAAGUGACACCACUGCAGAGGUAUGAUACCCCCAUUGACAAACCUUCUGAUUCUCUCAGCAUAGGGAAUGGUGAUAAUUCCCAGCAGAUAUCUAACAGUGAUACACCUUCACCACCACCUGGUUUAUCAAAAUCCAAUCCAGUCAUCCCCAUCAGUUCAUCCAAUCACAGUGCACGAUCUCCUUUUGAAGGGGCAGUAACUGAGUCACAGUCGUUAUUCUCAGACAAUUUUCGCCAUCCCAACCCUAUCCCAAGUGGGCUUCCUCCUUUCCCCAGCUCCCCACAGACAUCCAGUGACUGGCCUACAGCACCAGAGCCACAGAGCCUCUUCACAUCAGAAACAAUCCCAGUAUCAUCCUCUACAGACUGGCAAGCAGCAUUUGGCUUUGGUUCUUCUAAACAACCAGAGGAUGACUUAGGUUUUGAUCCCUUUGAUGUCACUCGAAAAGCCUUAGCAGACCUGAUUGAAAAGGAACUGUCAGUCCAAGACCAGCCUUCCCUUUCGCCCACAUCUCUUCAGAAUGCCUCUUCACACACUACAACCGCCAAAGGCCCAGGCUCUGGAUUCCUGCAUCCUGCUGCACCUACAAAUGCCAACUCUCUCAAUAGUACCUUUUCAGUCUUGCCACAGAGGUUCCCUCAAUUUCAGCAGCACCGAGCAGUUUAUAAUUCAUUCAGUUUUCCAGGCCAGGCAGCCCGCUAUCCUUGGAUGGCCUUUCCACGCAAUAGCAUCAUGCACUUGAACCACACAGCAAACCCCACCUCAAAUAGUAAUUUCUUGGACUUGAAUCUCCCGCCACAGCACAACACAGGUCUGGGAGGGAUCCCUAUAGCAGGGGAAGAAGAGGUGAAGGUUUCGACCAUGCCACUGUCAGCCUCUUCCCAUUCAUUACAACAAGGACAGCAGCCUACAAGUCUCCACACUACUGUGGCCUGACAACAGAACUGAGAGGAGAGGAUUAGACUCUGGGGUGCUUGCAUGGGCAACCGGAUUUUUGCAUGAUUCCUUUCUGAUUUUGCAUUUAAUGUAUACACCCAGAAGAGCCAAUAUAAACGUUCCUCAUGCCUACAACUAGUGUGUUAUCUCAUAGUUGCUAAAGUAUUUCUUCUUUAGGCCUUUAACACAAUUUAUUAGCAUAAUAAUUUUGGCAUUGUUUCUCAUGAGUGAUACUAUUUUUUAAUUCACACAAAUAAACUUGUAGUACUAAUUAAGAUCCCACAUGAGAUUAGCUAGACUUGUUAUUUUGGCUCUAUUAUUAAAAUAUACAAAGAUAAUGGUAGUUCCUUGUUUUCUGAUUUGUGAAAAAAAAUGGUAAUAUCCUAAUAUAUUCAUGAAAAGUUUGGAAAUUGAGAAGAUACUGUCUAUUGCAUUCUUUGAAAUACUUGAGAAGAAAGAAUACAUAUAAAACAAAAUUGGUGGUGUCAUUUAAUGCUCAGAAGGAUGUUGUCAGCAAUUGUUUGUAGUUGUAUGGAUUUAUAUCCUAUAUUAUGCAUUAUAUGUUUAGAAACUGUUUUUGUUCUCUCUCAUUUGCACAUUUGCACUUUCUUUUUGAAUGGUUGUUAAUUAUAUAGAGACACUUAAAGCAUAAUUAUUGUAGACUAAAUGCAAUAUAAUCUCUUUUCUAAUGCACUGCCUAGUAUACCGGGAAAUGCCUCAAAAACAAUUUCAACUUACAGUUGAUUUAUCAGAAACUUGAAUGUGGGGUUAAUGUUGUAUGUGAGAAGCAACCAUAUAGUGUAACAUUUUUAUUGAAUUAGUAGUUCUGUGGGAUAUUUGUUUGGAAGUUUCGUUGUUUAACAAUUGAAAUAUGACAAUAAAACUAUGACAAGUACCUGACUAGAAUGAGACUAAGGUGGAAGAGAAGAGAUUGGGGAUCCUCUAAAGUUAGGCCAUGUAAGUUGUCAUAGGUAAUUGUAGUUAGUCACAGAGAAUAGUGGAGUGCUUUAUUAGGAUAUAACGUGAAGUGUGUUUUUGGAUAAUAGUUUCUUGGAAUAGUUUUAAAGGUGAUAAUGAAAGAAAAUAAACUGAACAGUUCUGAGCAUCGCGCAAAAGCUGGUUCAGCAAGCAUGGUUGUGUUCUGCCUAAAGCAAGCAUCUGGGAUGAAAGAGGAAUGUCGCAUCUUCUGAGAUUUACAAAAACCAAUUGUGAUAAAAGAUAUGCUUUAAUUUGUUAAAAAAUGUUAAAAGAGUAGCACAAACACCAAAAAAGGAAGCCUAGAGAUUUAAAAUAAUAAUAAUAAUAAACAGCUUAUUAGAAGCUGAUACUUAAUAUAUUAGAGUUGGAAUUUUCAGGGUUACCUCUAAAUGAAGUCUGAUAACUUUGGUAGUUAUAAUACACAAGUUUAACGGCUUUGUCUGGAGCUUUAGUGGGUAAACUAAAAUCUCUUCUUAGAUAUCCUUCAGUUUGGUUUCAUUUGUAAAAACAACUAAUUAUCUAGCCAUUUAAAUUAUAUAUAUAUAUAAUUCUGCAUAAAUGACAAUCUCUAACUUCUAUUUAGAAGUGACUUUAGGACACCAUUAUAAGAAAUUUAGAAAAUACAAACAAAAUAUUGUAGGUUUGUUAGAAACCUUUUAUGACUCAUUGGUUAUGAUUGCCUUUUUGCCGUUUUAAGAUGCCAGGACAUCCACUUGAUGUCUCCUACGGUGCUGAGGCUCCCCGGCUUUGUGAACAAACUAGGACUCCCUGUCAUAGGGCUUCCCGGCAUGGCUUGCUCCUUCUUCAGUACAAAGCUUUCAUUACUCCAGUCUUAGAAAAACCUAAGAGGUGGUUAACUCCAUUUAGUUACUUCUCUGUGUUGAGAGAUAUACCUGUUAAGCAAGGCUUAAAAAGGAGGAAAGAAAAGCUACCACAACUCUGGUAAAACUGUCAGGUAGUUUACCAGACUUGCUAGAGCCCAGAAUUGUCUUCCUGCCUGCUUCUCCCCCAGUCCCCAGCCCCACCCACUUUACACAAACACAUUGUAAUCAGGGAAAUGCUUUCUUAGGUAAUUAGGCUUCAACUUAGAUAUUUUCAGAUAGACUAGCUAAAGAUGAUUAUUUAACUAAUUUUGUAACUCUAAGACUUUGUAAGCCUAAAAAAAUUAAGCUUCACUGUUUUGCUUGCUUAAUAUUUCAUAUAUUAUGUCUUUGAAAAGUGAAGUCUUAAAAUCAGUCAUAAUUAUACUAAAGCACAGAAGAAAUUACAUAGCACGUGAAAGAAAGUACCACUUUAUAUAGCAAGUAAAUUGAUAAAAACCAGAUGAUGGUGAAGAAUGAGAAAUUCUAAAAACUUCAAAUUAGUUUUUGAUAAAUUCUGCAUGAUUGGUCUAUCAUGCACAAGGGAAAAAGCAUGAUCUAUCAUACUUUUAUGGCCUUAAUCUUUCAGAAGUGACUAGUCUUUUUGUUAAAUCAGGAACAGAACUCUUUGGACGUGCUUGACAAGUCACGAGUUGUAGGUACGUCUGUCCAUUUUUUUUUCUGGAAAGAAGAUUCGUAGUUACUAGACUUGUUAAGGGUUUGCUGACAACCCCCAAGAAGGGGGAAGAAUAUAAAGAACUGCUGCUUUGAAAUAUUUGCAGUGUCCCUGUAGGAAAUAGAGACCUGGACUGCAUGACUUUGAUCAUAUGAUGGAAUGUCAAGUGCCUCUUUUUCUUAAAGAUUCCAUUAGAAAAUAUUUUCUGAUUAAUAAUACUUUCCUUUUUGUUCUACUGUUGCAUUUUGUUUUUACAGGUGGUGCUUUUGUACACUCUCCCCUUAUUUCAACGAUGCAUUGAUGAAAUAUUUGAGUGCCUAUUCUGUGCAGUGACCUGAGCUAGGUCUUAAGGGAUACAAGGUUGAAUAAAGUACAGAUCCUAUUA